GAUGGUGAAGAUGGCGGAUGGGGAUAGUGGGAGUGAGCGCGGUGGAAGCAGCGGCGGCGGCGGCGGUGGUGGCAGCGGCGGAGGAGGAGGGGGUGGAGGCAGCGGAUUCCAGCCUUUCCAGAGGGAUCAAGAGACCCAGGAGCUGGCGUCCAAACGCCUUGACAUCCAAAACAAGCGCUUCUACCUGGACGUGAAGCAGAACUCGAAGGGCAGGUUCAUCAAGAUCGCUGAGGUCGGCGCGGGGGGCUCCAAAAGCCGCCUGACGCUUUCCAUGUCAGUCGCGGCGGAGUUUCGGGACUACCUGGGGGAUUUCAUUGAGCAUUACGCGCAGCUCGGACCCAGCACCCCCGAGCAGAUCGCUCAAUCAUCCGGCGGAGAGGAUGGCGGGCCUAGACGGGCCUUAAAGAGCGAGUUCCUAGUGAGGGAAAACCGCAAAUACUACCUCGACUUGAAGGAGAACCAGCGGGGGAGGUUCCUCCGCAUCCGCCAGACCGUCAACCGCGGGCCCGGGGGGUUCGGCGCCGGGGGAGGUGUGCCCGGGGGUGGCAUGCAAUCCGGGCAAACCAUUGCCCUUCCUGCUCAGGGUCUGAUCGAGUUCCGCGACGCGCUGGCCAAGCUGAUCGACGACUACGGUGGGGACGACGAGGAGCUGGUCGGCGGCGGCUGCUCCGGGGCUUACGGGGAGCUGCCCGAGGGCACGUCGAUCACCGUGGACUCCAAGCGGUUCUUCUUCGACGUGGGGUCCAACAAGUACGGCGUGUUUCUGCGGGUGAGCGAGGUGAAGCCCAGUUACAGAAACUCUAUCACGAUACCCUUCAAAGCGUGGAGCAAGUUCGGCGGCGCUUUCUGCCGCUACGCCGAGGAGAUGAAGGAGAUCCAGGAGCGACACCGGGAUAAAGUGUACGAACGAAGAGGCGGAGAGGAGUCUGAGGGCGACGACAUGGAGGACGACUGACCGGGACACCGGAGGCUCGCUAUCCCGCAGCAGGAGACACAAUUACCGUGCAUGAAACGAAGAACAUUAAUGCUCAAUGGCGAAUAAAGAUGUUUGACUGAGAGAAAAAAAACAAAACACUGUCGUGUAUAUGUAAGAGAAUCCUGUUUAAAGCAGUGUAGACGAUGUUUUGGCUAGAUAAAUGGAUAUUUCUGCUGGCUGCUCUAUAGGUCUUGAUAUAUGUGAAAGUUUGGUAACACUUUCCAUUAAGGUUGUUUUAGUUCAUGUAUUUACUAACAUACUGAACGAUACAGUGUGUAUUCGUCUCUGUUAAUGUUAGUUAAUGAAAAUAAAGUUGUUCGUGUUAACUCGAAGAGCUUUAACUAGCAUGAAUUUGGAUCUUAAUAACACAUUAGUGAAUACAUGGUUAGUAAAUACAUGAACUGAUGAAACCUUAUCAUGAAGUGUGACCGAAAGUUCUCCCCUUUUACAGAGGACACCCCUUUUUUCCACCCAGAGACUGAGUCGACCGGGACGUUUAGUGUUAGUGUAUCCAGAUAUGAUGAAUAUCUCUACUAGGUGUUUUUGGUGUUGUACCAUAUGAUGGAGAGCAAAAAAACCAGCAUCAUCUGAAUGACGUGGUGUGAAUCUCAUAGUUAGCUCAUUCAGGAAGUGUUCUCUGCAGAUUCGUGUGUGUAUAUAUAUAUAAGACUCAGAUCAAACAAAUUGGAGGCCGUCGAUGAGUUCAACUUGUAGACACACAAUACAGUUCAAGCAACAAUGUACAAACAGUUUAAAAGUGGUGCUAUAAAAGGCGUGCUCCACCAGCCUGCUUGGUUUAAGCGGGUUUGGUGAGUUUUAUUUCGUUUUUUCCUUAUGUUUCUUGUCAGGACUGAGCAAAUCAUUCUUGAUUGUGGACUGAAUUGGGAAACGCAUCCGAGCCGAUGCCACUAAAUUGAUACUGGGUUUGAUUCGACUCUUUUAAAGGGAAUGAUGCCGAUUAGCCUGCAAGGCAAACAAAUAUAUAAGUCAGGUUAUGAAAAAUUAGUAAUUUUCGAAUUAUAUAUACGUGGAGAGCUUCAGUGAAGUAACAGGAAAGGAAAUCAAAUGUAGAUCAACACCCGACUGGGUUUAAAUAGAUUUAUUUUUAAAAAACAUUAUACAGAAAUAUAUAUAUAUAUAUACACAGAAAAGAAUAUAUUUAUAUAUAGACAUAUAGAAUCAAUUAUAAAUGCUUCCUGAACAAGCUAUUUAAACAAAUAAAACUCGGAUGCAAUUAUAUAUAGGGGAAUAUUUCUUACUGGUUUUUCCAUACAUUUCCUAUAGUCCUUUAACAUGGUUGGAAGUGCAUAGGAAAAUAAAAGAUUUAAAAUUAUUGUGAAGUAUACAGACCAGGCUUGACAAUACUCCAUUUAGUUUGUACUUUAUUUUUUAUUUCAACAACCUGAAUGACAAUUCAACACUCCUUUCUUUUUCUUUCUCUACAAUCUCUGCAUAUUAAGUUUAGGUGUUACAUUUCUGAGUCUUACUGCAGCCUGUCCGCUCCUAGAUCUGUCAAAAUGUGUGUGCCUGUGCGCGACAUCCCACUGUUACUCUUCUUCUUUUUUUUUCUAUCUCUUCUUCUUUUACUGCUGUGAGUGGGUGUUAUACAUUGACGAGUGUUGUCAGAUUCCUCACCGUUUUUUGAUCAAGAAUUAGCCAUACACACAAACUGGGAGCCAUAGCGAUUAUUAUUAUUAUUAUUAUUCUUUAUUACUAAUUUCAGUAUCCAUCUAAGUUUUGACCUCAUUCUUGUCUGUACUGUGUUAUGUGAUAAAGGCAGCUGUUCAGUCAAGUGUGUACUGCUGUAAUUCUCCACAAACUUCCUUUGAACAAUAAAUAUAGAAUUUCUUUGCUGAGAA